AUGAGUUGUGACCUGCGUGACCUGCAGCUGAUUGACCUUAAUCUGCAGAACAACUUUCUUCAAUUCCUAAACAAUGACUUACCACAAUCACUUGAAAGUUUAUAUCUUCGAAACAAUCGGCUGGAAACGAUCGAAUCGAGUACAUUCUACAAUCUUACCGCACUGACCGCCCUAGAUCUAUCGAAGAAUAAUCUUAAAGAGCUACCUAAGGCCGUGUUUGGGACGCUUGCGGAACUGAAUGCGCUUAGUUUGGAAGAAAACUAUAUUUCUCAGCUGGAUGACGACAUAUUCAUCAAUAACACGAAGCUGGAGGAUUUGGCCCUCGAUAACAACACCAUAACGCACCUCUCUCCAGCGGUACUGGCUAAGCUGCCCGUUUUGAAACGAUUUUCUAUCGAAUACAAUCAUCUUCAAACGCUGGAUGCUGACCUGUUUCGCAACAACACUGCUCUUGAAAAUCUAUGGCUACAAGGAAACGAUCUGCAGCAUCUCAAUCCGGCAACCUUCGAGCCUCUAGGAAGUUUGAUGAAUUUGCAAGUGGGUAAGAAUAUCUUGCAAUCGCUAGACGCACGGGUGUUUGCUAAUCUCGGUGAACUAACCGAGUUACAUGUGAGCGGCAAUAGAAUCGAACACCUUAAAGAAGGAACUCUAAGAGGAGUGCCCAAGCUGACGACGUUACAAGUCGAUGAUAAUUCUGUCAAGAGCAUUGAUGCUCAUUUCUUGGAUGAUGUGCCGGCGUUAGAGUUGUUCAAUGCGAACGAUAAUUUCCUCACUACGAUCCCUGUGGAGUUAUUUGAUCGAACAAUGAACUUGUCGGAAAUAUUUUUGUCACGAAAUGCAAUACAGAAGCUACAGCCAGGCACGUUCGACAGAGUGGCAAACACCCUUACAACACUAUCACUCAGCGGUAAUCAGCUUACCAAUAUCGACAGCUCGAUUUUGAAUAUAGCUGCUUUAACCAUUCUCGAUUUGUCAAAGAAUCUCAUUCGUCGAUUACCAGAAACAGCCUUCGUAGGUGUAGCUAAUUUAACUGAUCUUUCUCUAGAACGAAAUCUCCUAACCGAGAUACCCAAGACUAUCAAGUUGUUUGAGAAUCCGUUGGAGAAAAUCGAUGUUCAAACCUUCACCGGAAUGGAGGAUCUAGAGGAAUUGACAGCAUUUCCUUACAACGGCGUGCUCAAGAACAUUUUCCAAAGUAACAAGAAGCUGGAAUCAUUUUAUCUUACAGAUGCUAAUUUUAGCACGCUUCCGGACGAGUUUUUCCAUAAUAACAAAGCAUUAAAAACCGUAACGAUUCGAUAUAAUCCUAAUUUCUCGCAGCUUAACUCGCACUGGUUUGAUCAAACGGAUAGUUUGGAUGUAUUGGAGUUGCACUACGACAAUAUCUCAAGCGUGGAACCGGAAUUCUUUGAUGUUGUAGACCAGCUGACCGAAUUACACCUGCCUGGCAAUCCCCUGCGCGCAUUGCAUCAGGAUGUUUUCUAUUACGUUCCAUUGCUUCGAUACUUGGAUCUAGAGGAAACCCUUUUAUCAGAGCUUCCCAGCGAGAUAUUUGACGGAUUGUAUCGGCUAGAGGAACUCUACCUUAGCUCCAACAACUUGUCGCAUCUCUCCGAAGGCACCUUCCGUCAUCUGUAUUCCCUCACCCGAUUAUCUCUUUCAAACAAUAGUAUCGAACAUCUCGAGCCAUUGCUGUUCGUUAACGCGACGCGGUUAACCUCAAUUGAACUGCAUUAUAACAAAUUGAGCCACCUGGACGAACGUUUGUUUGUCAAUCAUCUAGAUCUCGAGUAUUUGGAUCUGUCGAAUAACCGGUUUGCAGCAUUUGAUUUAUCCGCGAAGACAUUUUCCAGUUCACUCCAAUUUCUGGUCAUCGAUGAAUGCGGCCUUCGCUCCUUGAAAAUUACACCUAACCUGCGCUUCAUAUCCGCCGAUAGCAAUCCGCUGACCACGAUCGUUGUCGAUAAAGCCUCCCGAUACCACCUAACAACGUUGUCGAUUCAAAAUACCAGUUUCAACAGCAUGGAUGUUGCAUUCGGGUUCCCCAACCUUCAGGAACUGAAUUUAACGCUUACCAGGAUCACAGAGAUAGAUCUGGCGCGCGUGGCCGUUCUACUACCACGUUUGCAGGUGUUGAACGCUUCCGAUUCUGCCAUCGAAUCGCUUGGCUCCGUUAAUAACGUUAACCAUAAUCGACUUUACUCGUUGGACAUUUCAAACAACACGCUACCGGUCGACGAGCUUCGGAAGGUUUAG